AUGGCGUGUGCGUUGGUCAUAGUCCUCAUGGGCAUCAUCAACCUUGCACCAGUUGUUUAUUCGGAGAGUGUUUCAACUGACACCCUCGGCAAAAAGUUGACUAAACUCCACUUCUUCUUCCAUGAUAGUUUGGGCGGAAAAAGCCCUUCUGGGGUCAUGGUGGCUCGCGCCAAUGUUACAGACACAUCUGGUAAUGCCGCGCCGUUCGGCAGUGUGUUUGCCGCCGAUGAUCCCUUGACAGAAGGUCCGGAGCUGACGUCGCCGAUCAUCGGGAAUGCGCGCGGUCUCUACCUCUCCGCCAACCAGAAAAACAAUGAAACGAUGUUGGUGAUGUACUAUGAUUUUGGUUUUACCACAGAUGAAUUUAACGGGAGCUCUAUCAGCAUACUAUCAAGGAAUCCGGUGGGGGAUACGAUCCGGGAGUUGGCUCUGGUGGGAGGAAGGGGGAAGUUUAGGAUGGCAACUGGGUUUGCCGAGCUUAAGACUUAUUCUCGAAGUGCCGUUGACUUAAGUGCAACUAUCGAGUACAAUGUGACCGUAUAUUCUAUGGACCCAAGUGAUUAG